GGCUUACAGGUGCAGAGGGCGGGGUAGCGUCCGUAGAUAGGGCGACAUAGCAGAGAAUACAGAAGGCGACUGAAAGAUGUGUGCGCGUGUAUGGUAACGGUGCUGCGGGUACAGCGAAAGGCAGCAGAAAGCGCAUUUGGUUCCAGCCCCCCCUGGAACGUCAAAACCUCGGGUCCUGGAGAUACCCCUUCUUCUCCCGCAAUGUCGGGCGGCGACGUUCGUGUGCUCCUCCAAGAAUCCGGGCAGGAGAGCUCGGGGAUGCCGGCCUGGAAACGAGAGAUCCUCGAGCGGAGGAAAGCAAAAGGCAGUGGGUCUGGUGGUGCAGGUGGCGGCGAGUCUUCUUCGAGCGCAGCUACAUCGCGUCUUAAUGGCGAGGUAACAGGAAAUAACGGAACAAAACAUAAGGACGAUGCCAGCAUUGUUAAUCCUAACGGGAGCUACACCAUCACCCCUGCCAGCCAGCUUUUCGGUAGCAAGCGUGGUGGCAGUAGCACCCCCAAAUCCCCGGACCUCUCACCGGUGAAAACAAAAGAUCUGUGGACGGCCAUAGAAUCUUACGAGCCGAAAUCAGCGGAAGGCAGGGAUAAGGACACAGGGGCUCAUGAGAGCCUAGUGUUACAGGAGAGCCUAGGUCCAUUACAGGAGAACCCUUUUAUCAAAUUGGAGAAAGAGCGAAAGAGGCGACUGGAUCGGGAUACCUCGCGCCCAGUGCAACACAUUUUGGAAUUGUAUGGUGGCGUGCCCGGUAUCCGGACUAUUCGCGCAGAAAACAUCAUUAUCAUAGAAUCGGAUCCCGAUUACUUUCCAGAGGGCAGCGACAUAAAACAUGCAUCUAACCUCCACCACAACGGCGUAAGUAGCUAUAGUUCUCUAAACGAUCUGUUAGAUAGGAGGAGUAGUGGAGUAACUGAGAUACGCGCAAAGGAGGUGGUUAUUUAUGAUUCUGCGCUCAGCAGAAGCGAGGAGAAUCUAAGCACUGUGGGUCACGCAGGUUCGGACCUGGUCGACCUCGCCGAUGGCCAUGGCCGAGUAAGUCGUAUGCUUCAGAAAUUCGACCGUAACUAUGGUAAACUGCAACCCAAGUCACGCAGCACAGAGAACCUCCUGGACUUGGAUUCCGCUUCCGCGAGGCCAAGACCCUGGCGUUCACCAAAGCCAGAUCUGGUGCCAAAGACAAGAGCCUCUCCCCUGCAGCCACUGUCACCCGUUCUCGCCUCAGACGUCAAGCCACCAGUGCCGACCACCACACAGGUCCCAGAGCCUCCGCAGUCUUCCAGCAACACAGCACUGCCUCCACGGGCCGAUGGAGAGAGCCUACCAGCCUCCCCACAGCCCAUGUCUCCGGUCUUCCGCAGCUUGGAGGCCAGCCGUAGUGGUCGGCGCAUCAAAAUCAACCCUAAAGAGGAGGCCGAGCGCGUCGGCUCGUCCAAGCCCAUCCGCGAGCGUGAAUGGGACGCCACGGACGGCUCGUCCAAGCCUGCCAAGGUGCCAUGCUCUCCAGAGAGACACUCCAGUGCGCGUGCCUACCUCCCCAGCGUGGGCAGCCCCCAGCCGCCCGGCUCGCCCACCUUCGAGAUCCGUGCCGCCCCCAAGCCCGACCUCUCCCUGGUGCCCGACGGCGACGUCCAGGCACGCGCCCUCGCCAACCUGCGCCUCCAGUCUCGCAACUCCUUCACGGUGGUGCCCAAGAGGGCGCUCCAGGGCUCUGCGGCCUCCUCUCCCUCCCCUGCCGCCUCCUCAUCGCCGGUCAAAACUGUGCCACCCUCUGGCCUGGUCAUCACGCCGCCGCAACCCUCUCCGCCCGUGUCCGAGCCAGUCUCUCCUCCGUCCCUGCCUUCACCUCCAGCAGCAGCUGCAGUGCCAACCACCACUCCUCGGGUGGUGCCGCCCCCCACGCCACCCGUCUCCAAGAAGCUGGAGGGAGAGAGGGCACCCCGACCUGCCAAAAAGGAGGUGCCCCCCUUGUCCAGUCAGCCCACCGUGCCCAGCAGCCCUGCUCAUGCCGCCACCGCGCCCUCCGCCUCGCCCGUGGCACCGACGCAGUCCAAGACCGAGCCCGCGGAGAGGCCCACACUGUCAGCCGCAGACCGCCUGCCCAUCACCAACAUUGAUGACGUGGAGGUGUCCACGCCCACAGCGCUGAUGCAGAGACGCACCACCAACACCAUCACGGUGGUGCCCAUUCGCAAGCCGGAGCCCCAGCCCGCCUCGCCAGAGGCCCAGGACUCUGCUGCAGGGUCUCCUGUCACGGGGGCAGGGGCUGGCGGCCAGGCGCCCUACGCCCAGCUGGGUACCCUGCUGAAGAAGCGCUACCCCGCGGUGGACGAGAUCGAGGUGAUCGGGGGCUACCUGUCCCUGGGCCGCUCCUGCCUGUCCAAGACAAGCUCCACAGGCAAGAAGCUGAACAUCUCCUUCAAUGAGUCCAGUCUGCAGAGCACGUACGAGUACCCGUCUGAGAGCAGCGUGUGGGGCAGCGGGGAUGAGGAGGAGGAGGAGGAUGAGGAAGAGGAGGAGGAGGAAGGCAAGCGCACGCCGGAGGACGAGCAGGGACUCCUGCCGAGAGUCAGGAUCCCCCGCGCAUCCUUCAGCAGCUCCCCCACACACACCACCAACAGCAGCACUGACCUGUCCACCUACACCCCCAAGCAUGGGAUGGACUACAGCGCCUGGCAGGACCACAAGCAGCAGGCUGCCGCCCAAUCACAGCACACGGAGCUGCCCUCAGAAGAGGUCAUGCUCACGCCAGCCGACAGCUCCUCUCUGUCCGACUUCAGCAGUGAGCCGGCACUCUACUUCUGAAGCUGCUGAGCCCCACCUCUCCAUGGGAAUGCUCUCGUCUGCUGGGGCGGCCUACCACCUCUAUGGGACCAACUGCUACUUCCCGCAAA